ACCCACCCAAUGGAAAACGCUGUGAAUUUGUCAUGGAAGUCACCAACAAAACCAGGGCUGAUGUGAAGGGUGGGACACUCACGCAAUAUGAAAACAAACUGAGACUGGUGGAGAUAGCUCAGGUCCCAAAAGCACACGUUGAUGAAUUCAAGUCUGUCUCCAAAUUCAAAAUAUUCAAUACGAACAAUCUGUGGAUUGCCCUGUCUGCAAUUAAAAGGCUGCAAGAGAAAAAUGCUAUUGACAUGGAGAUCAUUGUUAACCCAAAGACUCUGGAUGGAGGCUUGAACGUUAUCCAGUUGGAGACUGCAGUUGGUGCUGCUAUUAAGAGUUUUGAGAACUCUCUGGGAAUAAAUGUACCUCGUAGUCGUUUUCUGCCUGUUAAGACCACAUCUGAUCUCCUGCUUGUGAUGUCUAAUUUGUAUAGUCUUAAUGCUGGAUCUCUAACAAUGAGCGAGAAGCGUGAAUUUCCAACCGUUCCUCUUGUCAAACUGGGAAGUUCUUUCACAAAGGUAAACUCCUAUACUUAUGCUAAGUUUGUGUUUUUUUUUUUUCCUCCCUCUGUAUAAAAGUAGUCCAUAGCA